GGAUGGAGGCGGGGUCGGUGCGUUGGAGCGGCGGCCUGCGGCGACCCGCUCGGGAGAAUCCGAGUCCAUCGGUCACUCUGUGAAAUGAGGGCGCCCCUCUCCGUCCCCAUCUUGGUUUGCGGCCUCUUGGCUUCGCUGCGGCCGGUCGAUGGCGACUCCCUGGUCAACGAGGAGGUCCGGCGCUCCAUUGAUUUGGGCACCCACUUGGCCAAGAUCACGGCUGAGGUGACGCUAGCCAACGGCGGGCCCUCGGCGGCUUCCUCCUUCCUCCUGGCUCUGGAGCCCGGUCUGGAGGACCACCUGGCCUACCUCGGAGUCAACUUAAAAACCAAUGAUGAAGAAGAAACUUCAUUGAAUCUGGAAGAGACUCCAGUCAGAGGACAGAGUGGAAAGUUCUUCAGAGUGAAGCUGGGAUCGAACUUGGCAGCUGGUGCCAGAGUUAAGUUGACCAUCGAAACCACGUUCACUCACGUCCUGCGGCCUUUCCCGACGCACAUUGCCCAGGCUGAGAAACAGUUUGUGGUGUUUGAAGGCAGCCAUUACUUCUACUCGCCGUACCCCACCAAGACCCAAGUGACUCGGGUCAAGCUUGCUUCGAAGAAUGUCGAAAGUUACACCAAACUUGGAAACCCCAGCAAAUCUGAGGACUCCAUCGAAUACGGGCCAUUCAGGGACAUCGCUCCCUACAGCCAGGACCCGCUGAGGGUGCAUUAUGAGAACAACAGCCCCUUCUUGGCCAUUGUCAGCAUGACACGCCUCAUCGAGGUGUCGCACUGGGGGAACAUCGCUGUGGAGGAGACCAUCGACCUGAAGCAUUGUGGCGCCAUUCUGAAGGGGCCUUUCUCCCGCUACGACUACCAGAGGCAACCGGACAGUGGGAUAUCCUCUGUUAAAUCCUUCAAGACCAUCCUCCCUGCUGCUGCCCAGGACGUUUACUACCGUGAUGACAUUGGGAACAUCUCCACCAGCCACUUGGUUGUCCUGGAUGAUUCUGUGGAGAUGGAAGUCCGUCCUCGUUUCCCACUGUUUGGCGGCUGGAAGACCCAUUAUGUCAUUGGAUACAACCUGCCCAGCUAUGAGUACCUGUACAACAUUGGUGACCAGUACGCUCUGAAAAUGAGGUUUGUUGAUCAUGUGUUCGAUGAUCAAGUGAUUGAUGACCUCACCGUGAAGUUGAUUCUCCCAGAAGGAGCAAGGAACAUUCACUUGGACACGCCAUAUGGAAUCAACCGACAGCCUGACGAACUCCACUACACCUACCUGGACACGUUCGGCCGACCGGUGAUCAUUGCCCACAAGUCAAACCUGGUGGAACAGCAUAUUCAGGAUAUCGUGAUCCACUACAACUUCAACAAGGUCCUGAUGCUCCAGGAGCCCUUGCUUGUGGUGGGAGCUUUCUACAUUCUGUUCUUCACUGUCAUCAUCUAUGUCCGCUUGGACUUCUCGAUCACAAAGGAUCCGGCAGCGGAAGCCCGGAUGAAGGUGGCCUCCAUCACCGAGCAGGUGCUGACUCUGGUGAACAAGCGUCUCGGCCUGUACCGCCUCUUUGAGGAGGCAGUGAACAAGUACAAGCAGUCGCGGGAUAUCGGCACCCUGAACAGCGGCCGCAAGAGUCUGGAGACGGAGCAUCGCAGCCUGUCUGGGGACAUCAGUGCCCUGCAGUCGAAGCUGAAGAGCGAGGGCUCGGACCUGGCCGAGAAGGUGGCUGAGAUUCAGAAGUUGGACGGGCAGGUGAAGGACUUGGCCUUGAAGGCCAGUCAGGAAGCAGAGCGGUUGGUAGCUGGGAAGGUGAAGAAGGAUGCUUACAUCGAGAAUGACAAACACCUCUCUUCAAAGCGGCAGGACCUGAUUUCCAGGAUCGACACCAUCCUGGACACCUUGUAGUGCCAGACUUCCCCUCCAUUCUUCCUCCCUCUUCCCCCCCCCCAAAAAAAAAGAUUGAGUGGGAGUAAAACUAAUUGAGUUCCUUUGUGCAAAGUGAGUUGAGAGUGGUGACUGCUCCAGCUCUGAGCUCCAGUGAGGUAUGGGCAAGCAGUUAAGUUUGUUUAAUCACCCUUCGGAGUUUGGGGCCUGGCAGAUGAUUCCUGGAGUCAAGUGGGGCGACUGGUGCUCAGAGGCACGUUCAUUGCGGGACCGACUGAAGAUGACCCCUGCCAGCCCCAUCUGACAAAUGUUCCCCCUCUUCUGUAAUCUUCUGUGGAUGUUUUUUUAAUGCAUGUAAAAGCUACAAUUUUGUAUUGGCAAUCCAGAGAAUUCCCUCCCCUGAACACCGAGUAGCUCUGGUGUGGUGAAAGGGCUUAGGGUUGUGUCGCCCUCUUUCUGACAAGUUUACUGUAAAUUCAACUUUAAGUUGGAAAAUGAAAAAAUUAAAAGGGCGUCUUGCCGUCUCUGAUACUGGUGUU